AAAGUGGAUCUGUCAGCUGUUCUUUGCAUCUGACAUAUACAAAUAUGACUUGAACUUUUGCUAAUUGAUUUCAGUUGCUCGAUUACAAAGUCAGUGUCACUUAUCGUUAGCCCACUCUCAAAGCAAGAUGUCUGAUUACUUUCAAGAAAUGGGAUGGACUCCGCUAGCAAAUGGUGAAUCACCGAAUCAUUUAGUUCACAUGGCACGCUUGCUCCGUGAUUUUGGUAUGUGGGAACAACUUGGGCAAACGGAGCGAUUGCCUCCUCCUGCUUCAAAAACUGCAAUAGAUGGUCUCAAGGAAGUAAACAUUACAGAUGAAAAUUCAAAACAGUGUCCGAUAUGCUUGAAAGAGUUCGAUAUAGGCAUUACUGUAAAAUUAUUGCCUUGUCAGCACUCGUUCCAUAAUGAGUGCAUUUUACCAUGGUUGGGAAAAACGAAUACCUGUCCACUGUGCAGAUAUGAAUUACCUACAGAUGAUGAAGAUUAUGAGAUGUACAGAAAAGAGAAAUUGCGAGCGAUUGAAAGAGAAAAGGACAUAGAAACUUUACACAAUUCUAUGUUUACGUAACAUCAGGAAUUAUUUAUUUUUUUUAUCUGCCGGUUUCUUGUGGUACAUACACGCAAGAACAAUUACACAAAAUUAACAAAUUAUGUAACAAAACACAUAUAUUCCUUUCUGAUUAAGAUAAAUACAGUGUACAUACAUGUGACUAUUACUACAA